UGUGGAUAUUUUGUGCACAUCAGACAUGAAAGGGUCAUCACUUGUUGUUAUUUGCGCAACAUUGAUCUUGGCUUUGAGCGUUUUUAGCUCACAAGCGAUCUUGAGUCCAGCUGUUUGUCCUGUUUAUCUAACUGUCUCAUCGUACAGCAUUUCAGUUGAAGAUUCCCAUAUCAUCAUUAAUUUCGGACCUGGAUGUGUCGAAUUUCCCGAUUGGGUUGGAAUUUAUCGUCAAAAUCCCUCGAUUUCGAAUGAACCUCCUUUGGCUUACGUCAAAACUUCGAGAAAUAUUUCACGACAAUUUCAGACAGAUGUCAAAUUCGGCAAUCUUCAAUUUCCAUGGGGAUGGGAGGAGGAAAGUGCAUUGAAAAAUCCUCCAAAACGAGGAAGAGGCAUUUGCUUGAAUCUGUUCGUGGCGAGUUACAAAAAUAAUCAACUUUUAACUCUGGAUUGUUUGAAAAUUCAACCGGCUUGGAUGUCAUUGGAGAAACAAUUCGCUGAUGUUCCGUUUAGACAAUUUUUUAUUCCGGGAACGCAUUGUGCUGCGUGUCACGUUACCAAGAGCAACUUAAAGAAUGGUUUGCUGAAGAAAAUUGGAUUUUUGCAAAAUUUCAAUAUUUGGCAACAAAUGGUUUUUGGCGUGAGAUAUUUUGACUUUAGCAUCGGGUUCCAAAGCAAUUCAACAGCUGGCAAGGAGUUUUGGAUCAUGAAUGGAAAUUUGAAAAUAACUCCUUUACUGAACGUUUUACGAACAAUUCGGAAAUUUGUAAUUCUCUCACACGAACCGAUUUUCAUGGAUUUUUACGAAUUUCCUUUGGGAUUUUACAACCAUCCCGAACGUCAUAAGAAAUUAAUCAAAUUAGUAAUACAAGAAUUGAGUGACGUGCUUUACACGAAAAAUGCUCAAAAUAACUAUUUGAACUCGUAUGACCUGACGUUGGAAAUGAUGAAGCGAAAAACAUUGCUGUUGAUGUACAACGACUUGGAAAUGCUGAAAGAAUACAAGGAAAUAUGGCCCUCGUGGCGUCGACAUUCAAGCGAAUACCUCAAAAUAUCAGAAUUGAGUGAAUUUAUGAAGAAUUUGUUCUCGAAAAAGUCGAAAGAUAGUCCUAAUGGCAUCGGAUGGGUAUUUUCCGCAGUGCAAGGAUACCAAACUUCUUAUCAAUCCAAUGAAAAAAUGAAAGAACCCGGCGAACGAGCUGCUGAAAUUAAUGCCAAAGUCAUCCCGAUGCUUGGAGGUCCAUGGAGUUGGGGAGCAAAUGUCGUCUCUUUAGAUUAUUUCAUGUCGACAAAUCUCGUAGAUAUCGCAAUUCACACAAAUCAGAACAAAAUUAUCAAUUUGAGGCAAAAUAAUAACAUGACAGUUGUCGAAAUUUGAUAAAAAUUUUUCAAAAGCCACAAAGUUAAUACCGAAAGGAUUAAAAUGACUUAAAACUCGUAUGAUGUAACAAAGCAAUUAAAAAGCAUGAUGGACAAUGCCAAAAAUUGCCGCACAACAG